AACACCCCCAUUUAGCAAUACAUAGAAUCUCUUCAUUCAUAUUCAAUCCUUCGUUUGUUGAGAGGACAAUUACAUUCACAAUGGUAGUUCUUCCUAGUAGGUUCCUUUGCUUUCAAAGCUUUCUCCUUCUCAUGAUAAUGGUGUCUGAUCAAGCCAGAGCCCAACCAAACUUCACUGCUUUUUGCAUGAAAGACCAAGGCAACUACACCCUCAACAGCACCUACCACAACAACCUCAACACCCUCCUCUCCAAUCUCCUUUCCAACACAGAAAUCAACUAUGGUUUCUACAAUUCCUCCUAUGGCCAAGGCAUUGAAAAAGUUUCAGCCAUAGCACUCUGUAGAGGAGACCUCAAACGUGACGAAUGCCUCACCUGCCUCAACAACUCAAGGUUCAACCUCACACUGCAUUGUCCCAACCAAAAAGAGGCAAUUGGGUAUAUUGAAAGGUGCAUGCUGAGGUACUCCAACAGGCAAAUUUUUGGUGAGAUGGAGAAGACUCCUACGAUUCGCAUGAGGAACUUCCGCAACAAUGUGAUAGAUGUGGAUGCGUUCAACAAGGUUCUGGGGAGCUUGUUGAACAGCCUGAAAAUCAGGGCUGUGUCAGGGGACUCGCGCUUAAAGUACGCUACCGGAAACGUUUCUAGUCCAAAUCUUCCAGACUUGUAUGGCCUGGUGCAGUGCACGCCUGAUCUUUCGAGCCAACAAUGUGAUUCGUGCUUGAUCGGGGCUAUUGGAGAGAUACCAUCAUGUUGUGAAAGGAAGCUAGGUGGUAGAGUUAUUAGACCAAGUUGUAAUAUGAGAUAUGAAGGCAGCCUCUUCUAUGAGUAUCAACCACCACCAUCCUCACCACCACCACCAAUUUCAACUUCCAAUAAUCAGACUUCAUCCGAAGGGAAGAGUAACACAUCUAAAAUUGCCAUAGCCAUAGCAGUUCCAGUUGUAUUGGUUGCAUUGGUGCUCAUUUCUAUCUGCAUCUAUUCACGAGUGAAGAAGCCAAGUGAAAAUUUUGAAAGUGAUGAUUAUGAUGAUGAAAUUGAAACCAAUGAGUCACUGCACUUCAACUUUGACACCAUACGAGUUGCUACAAAUGAUUUUUCUGAUUCUAAUAAGAUUGGAGAAGGUGGAUUUGGUGCUGUUUACUCGGGUAAGCUAACCAAUGGACAAGAUAUUGCUGUCAAAAGAUUGUCAAUGAAUUCUGGCCAAGGAGAUAUGGAAUUUAAGAAUGAAGUGCUUCUAGUGGCCAAGCUUCAACAUAGAAAUUUAGUUAGGCUACUUGGUUUCAGUUUGAAAGGGAGAGAAAGGCUCCUUAUCUAUGAAUUUGUUCCAAAUAAAAGUCUUGACUACAUCAUAUUUGAUCCAACCAGGAAAGCGCAAUUGGAUUGGGAAAUGCGCCACAAAAUCAUACAUGGUAUUGCUCGAGGCCUUCUUUACCUUCAUGAGGAUUCGCGAUUGCGCAUUAUACAUCGCGAUCUCAAAGCAAGCAAUAUUCUCCUAGACGACGAGCUGAAUGCUAAGAUAGCAGAUUUUGGCAUGGCAAGACUGAUUGUUGUGGACCAAACACAAGAAAAUACAAAUAGAAUUGUUGGAACCUAG